CUCGAGGCGCUGUCCGUUCACAGACGUUUCAAAGCCAGAUGCAGUCCCAAGAGCCUCGGGACGGCGUCAAGCGGCCAUGCACCGUAGUGCCAAUGGUCUUGCCCCCCGAGGUGUUGGAGAUCAUCGCGCGCUACGUCUCGUGCCCGAUAGCGUUCAUGGCGCUGCUCACAAGCAUCCCUCGCACCGCGUGGACACCGCGACUGCAAUGUCUCUAUACGUUGACUUCUGCCGCCGGCGUCCGCGUACGCUGGCCGGUGAUUUGUCUCGAUGACGUGGCGCUCCCAGAAGCAACGUGGCGCUUGCUUCACGGUGCAUUAUCGCUUCACGUAGAAAUUGCGCUGGAAGCCAUCACAUGCAGUGCCGAGCUACUCACUGCAAUGGCGCGGCUCGGCGAACGCAGUAUUUCGCGCGUCAAGCUACGUCUUACCAAGCUGACAAUGACCGAGUGCGAGGCACUGCGCGAUGCGCUCCGCGAUUGCACUGCCGUCAAGGCUCUUGAGAUAGUGACUGCGACGGACGUCUCCCGACACCGCCCCGCGCUGGACACCCUAUUGACUGCCAUUUGCCAUCCGCAACUGGCUGCUUUUGAGCUUCGGCUCUGCAGCACGCGCGGCCCGCACCGCUUGCAGGCGACAUUUGCCCGGUACUUGGCCGAGUGGUUACGCCUCGGACGUGCCAAGAGCCUGCGCCUGAACGACAUUGACCUCGACUUGAGCGUCGAUCCAACGUUUGGUCCAGCGCUCGCCCUUGCGUUUCGACAGAGCCCGUCGCUUGCCGAGGUUUCGCUCACGCGCGUUGGCUUUUUCCAGCACUGUCUUCACGAAGCCCACGGUAGCACGUCGUGGCCACGGUGUCUCCGAGCACUCUCGAUCCAGUAGCAAGCACCCGUGAAAAUCUGUAUAUCAUCAAUAUGUGCACUAGCUAGCGCCAAUAUAAUAAUAAUGCUCCUUAGUUCGAC